ACAAUCUACUAUUUCACAAUAAUAUACUUCAUAAUAGAUAAAAAAUAAAGAAGAAGAAGAUGGCAGCAUCGUCCAGCUCUUCCAAGUCUUCUUUGGCCAUGCUCAUGAAGGUGGCCAUGCUGGUGGCGCUGGUCUUGGUGGCGACGGUGGCGGAUGGACAGAGCUGCAAUAGGCACUUGAGUGGACUGAACGUGUGUGGUGAGUUUGUCGUUCCUGGAGCGGACAAGACGAACCCGAGUGCCGAGUGUUGCAACGCUCUUGAAGCAGUGCCGAGCGAAUGCCUUUGCAACACGCUUCGCAUUGCCUCUAGGCUUCCCACUCGCUGCAGCAUCCCUACGCUUUCAUGCAGCUAAUGUUAUGGACGUGGUUAUAUUUAUGCAAGACAGAGAGGCAUGGGGAGAGAUCAUGGAGAUAAGAUAUUUAAGAAUAAAACUCUGAGUUUGAGCUGUAGUUUUUCCUUUUUUCUUUUCUGUUUGUCGCUGUAAAACCAAUGGGUUUGGAAUAAAAAGAUGAAUAAUAUCAAAUCAUAAAUUAUUCGAAUGGUUGAUAAAUGAAUUAUUGUUGUGGUGACAUCAAUAGCAUAAAUUUACAAAAGAAAAAGGCAAAUGAGAGAGUUGGCUGACAGUCACAGGAACUGUCUGUAGGACAUGAUUUCAAAUUUUCACCAUAGGUACUUUGAUGUGUGAUGGAUCUUGCGAUGGUGUCUAUUUGGAUAAGUUAUGGAUAAAUAAGGCUCAAAAAGUGAGAAAGAUUUGAUGAACCAUGACAGAGUAUUAAACAUCUUCGUGGGUACAACAUCACCGGAAUGGCAAAACAACUCGCGGCAUAAUAUUACAAACAAACAAAAACAACAAGCAUUUUAUACACUGAAUGCGAAAACGACGCAACGUCCCUACUCGAGAUUGGUGUGACGACACCGUAUCGACUCAGGUGACUCGCCCAAAACCUCACCCAGUUUGUAAACAACCAUCUCGAACAACACGAACAACGCUCCUUCGUAAACACUCCCCAUCGGCAACAACGGCCUCCCUCCCUUCUCCUUCGCGCCUCCGCCGUCGCUCGCCAUCGUCUGCGCCGGGACGUAACAAACAUCCGUCGCGUGCUUCACACAGGACCCUCUCUCCGGCUGCGCGGUGACGAGCACGACCUUAGCGCCGGCAGAUUUCGCGACGGAGCAGAUCGCGUCGACGGUGGAGAAUCCUCCGGGACCGGCCGAGGCGAUGAGGAGAUCGGGAGACGAGAUCGGAGGCGUGGUCACGUCGGAGACCAAGUGGGAGGAGAGGCCGAGGUGGAAGAGACGCAUCGCGAAGGCUCUGAGCAUGAGGCCUUCGCGUCCGACGCCGUGGAGGAAGACGCGUGCGCCGCGGCGGGAGAUUCCGGCGAGCUCUGUAACGAGGAGAUCCAGCGGCUGUGGGUGUGGAUCGGUGGGAUUGGAGAAGACGGAGGAGAUCUGGUCGCAGAUUUGAGAGGAUAGUCUCGACAUUUCGUUCGCCAUUGAUGUGUGACAGAUUAAUGAUUAUCAAGUUCGACUGACUAUAUAUUAUAUGAUCUUCAUUGGUGCAAUAUGAACCACAUUUAUACAGAA